AUGGCGACUACGGGAGCAGUGUAAGUUUUCUUUUUACAUUUUUGCAGUUAUUAACGUAUUUUUUACCGGACUACAAGUGGUUAAUGUUAUCUUAUGUCUACUUCUUUAGACCUUCAUCAAAAUCUUUGUUGGACGAACUGAACUAUGCAGUAAUUGAAGUUAGGCCAUUUGUGAACGAGUUUAACAAGUCAUUAAGGCUAACACAAGGUCCAGAGUUGUUUUAUGCCAAUUUGAUUACAUUGGAAAGUAAGUUUUUGAUUUUUUGUUUUAAUGCUUAAGGUCUUAACGUAUAGAUUUUUCAAGUUUUUUAAAAAUAUUGCAUUUUUUAUUUAAAUUUUUUGAAAUAGCCUUAAAAAUUUGAAAUUAGGUUAGAUUCUAUUUUAAAACCAAAUUCUAUAAAUUUCUUGACCAACUCAUCAUUUCCAGACAAGCCAGCAACGAUUGAAUUGAGCACCAGCGGCUGGAGAAUCUGUUCGAACAAGCACAACGAAGCGACCGGCGAAGUGGUCGAUUUCCCAAAAACCACAUUUGAAACAUUGUCCGCGCUGUUGACUACGGUUUCCGAAGGCUACAAAGAAGCCUUUGCGGGCUCGUUGGUUCAACGUCUGGAGGAGUUGGCAAAACAACAGGCAAAAGAGGAGAAGGCGUGA